UUGGCUCAGAGCGCUGAUCCGGGUACUGCGCUAGAAGGAGCCCAUUAGCUAAAGGUACCAAUAUGGCGGAGGCUUCCCUAGGGAGUUCAAGUCCAGUUGGCUCUUUAUCAUCAGAGGACCAUGACUUUGAUCCAACAGCAGAAAUGUUAGUUCAUGAGUAUGAUGAUGAGAGGACUCUGGAGGAGGAAGAGUCUCUGGAAGGCGGAACAAAUUUCAGAUCUGAAAUUGCAGAUCUGGAAAAGGAAGGGAACAUGCCUUUAGAGGAACUGUUGGCCAUUUAUCGCUAUGAGGCCUCAGCAGGCUCCAGUAUAGACAGCUCCUCUGGAGACCUGACUGAUGAGCUCCCCGACAUGACUUUGGAUAAGGAGGAAAUAGCUAAAGACCUUCUGUCUGGAGAUUAUGAGGAGGAGACCCAGUCCUCAGCUGAUGAUCUGACUCCUUCAGUUACCUCCCAUGAGGCCACUGAUUUCUUCCCAAGAACACUUAGAUCAAACGCUAUUUCUGACGGUGAUAAAGAGUCAGAGUGUGAUGAAGACGGCCCAAGCCCAGAGGACUCGAGAAAGGAAAUAAUGGUGGGAUUGGAAUACCAAGCAGAAGUUCCUUCUUGCCUCUGUCACUACAAAGAUGAGGAGAAAGCAUAUGAAGAUGAAGAUGAGUUACUGUGGAGUCCAGGUGUAUUAUCAGAAAACAAGGUUAGAAGUUUCCUGUGUGAAGUAUUGUCACGGACGACAGAUGAAAAGACGGGGUGUGACAAACCAGGAAUGCAUGUGCGAGACAAUGAGCAGGCUUUAUGUGAGCUUGUAAAAUGCAACUACAACACCCGCGAAGCACUAGAAAGAUAUUGCAACCAUGUAAAGUCCUCAAAAGAAAAAUCACCUCCAUGGUCUGAAGAGGAAUGCAAGAACUUUGAACAUGCUCUUCAGAUGUAUGACAAGAACUUUCACCUCAUUCAGAAACACAAAGUCACAACAAGAACAGUAGCAGAAUGUGUGGCAUUUUAUUACAUGUGGAAAAAGUCAGAGCGCUUUGACUUCUUUGUGCAGCAGAAUCGGUUCGGGAAGAAAAAGUUCAGCAACUAUCCUGGAGUAACUGACCUGAUGGACAGGCUGGUGGAUGAAGCGGAGGGGUUAGCUGUGGACAGUUCCUCCUCCGUGUGUUCAGGUGGUGGUGGUGGUGGACGGCUGGAAACAACCACAGAACAGCAGCUUAGCCUGCUCAACUCCAUCACUGCCAGCGACCUCACGGCUUUGAGCAACACUGUAGCCACAGUAUGCAGUCCUGCAGAGGUUAGCUGCCUGGACUCCUACAGCUUUCCUCCACUGGACAGUCUCCAUCGAGGUUCCCUGAACCACGAGGAAUCCCUUGGAUUCCCUGCUAAUGGUGCAGAACCUGACUGCCUCAAUAUGCUUGAGGCUGGCUUCUACCACUCAGAUCUGGGCCAGCUGGGAGGUGUGUGCGUCAACAAGGACUGUGAGCGGCCCUCCAAGAGACUCAAGAUGGCGCUGCCUGACUCCUUUAUCAAUGACGUAUCCGUGGGUAACCUCGGAGUGGACUUUGAUGCACGACGGACGACGACGCAUCACCACCGAAUCACCGGCGCCAAAAUGGCAGUAUCUGUCACAGACUUUGGGAGCUUGGCUGGGAGCGGUGAGCCCAACGGGUUUCUGGGAGCACAUGCACGGCACCACACACAGCACACUGCAGCACUUCAGUCAGAGUGAUCUUCCUCAUCUUCUUCCCUGUUCUUCCCUUUUAAGAUCCCUUUUUUUCCUGCUUGUACAUAAGACUGACCUCACUGGAAAAUUCAAUUUGUUUAAAUUCUAUUAUAUAUAUAUAUAUAUAUCUAUAUAUAUGUAUAUGACUAUACUUUUUGUUUUCAUUUUUUUGUGUAAUAUGACAUCAGUGAUGUCUAUCAUAUAGAACUAAAAUCUUGAUUUCUCUCAAGAGUUUAUAUAGCCAUUUAUUUUAUUUUUGUUUUGCGGUCUUGAGAUGUGUAACGUCCAUGUACAGCAGGGCCCAGGGGCUGCAGUAGGAGAGAGAUGUCUCUUCCUCCUUCACAUCUACACCCACCAUCUUCAGAGCUUCAGUACCUUAUCCUGCCAUUCUUCUAGCUGCCAAAAACCUAGUUUCCCCAGCUCUGGUGUUAGCAUUUAGUUGCCUGUAUUUGUUGUUUAAGGUGGUACUAUUUUUUUUUUUCUCUUUUUUUUUGUUUUUGUUUACAGGUACUUUCCAGUAACCCAACUUGUGCAAAUGGUUUUUAUAUGAUUUGAAUCUACCUGGGUACAUAACUGUACGAAGAGCAACACUAGCAUGGAGAUUAGCUUGGAAACCAGGAAGUGUCGUGGCUUAAGCUGCUAAGGCCAUCUUGUUUGGGUUUAUCUCUUUAUGUUCUCUUGUGCUUUGUAGUCUGUCUGCUUAUUUACCUUUGUUCAAAGUGGCCAAUACUGGAGUUUUUUUUCCUUUUUUUUUCAUUA